AUGGACAGAAAUCUUGAUUUGCACAAGGAAUCCAACAUGGACCAUCAAAAGAAAACGGACGAUAUGCACUUCGGUGGACAGCAGGAUAAGCAUUUUGGAGGAAUCGAUAGUCAAUGUGGAGGAAAGAAUGAAAUCAAAAGUGGAUCCUGUGGAGACAAAGGACAGUGCAAGGAAGGAAACCGUUGUGAUAAGAUGGAAGAUGAGCCAAUGGACAAGAGAAGAGAAUCGGAUGUCAGAAACAAGGAAAUGUGA